AUGCCAGAGGAUGCUCUUCCCAAGAACGGUGUUAUCAAGACCCAGGCAUCUCGUUCCGAAACCGGCAACGUUAUCCAUCGUAUCACGUGCGUGGGAUACGCUUGUACGCAAGCCGAAGAUCUGGGACAGGUCCAGGUGUACAAGCCGACUGUCCGCUGACAUGAGCUCGUACACCACGUUUUUCUGCUAGCGCUUGGAAGAACCCGUAGUUCAGACUGGAAUGCCACCGAAUUCGGCACAGCCCCAGGCAAAUACCCAACACUCCGGAAGUGACUGUGGCGUCUAAGCAGAGGUUGUACUUCGAGGCCAAAACCAUCGAGUCUCCAGUAGCAGGAUAGGGCGGAAGGCAGUGGGAUCAGGAGUCUUAUUGUGCAUGGAAUCUCGAGUCACCGUCCCGGGUGGCAAGGGCCAUUGACAAUGCCAGACCGUGUGCUGACAACGUCAAUGCAUGCCCGCGAGGGGGUUGGACAGCGAUGCAAUCUGCCUUAUUAGGUUUGUGGAGGUAGCUUCGAAUGUUGUUCUACUGCACUAGCCUAAAGAUUGGGGUGUUCAAGUAGGGCACGAUCGGUCGUGGUCGUCUGAAUGAGCCUGUUUCAGUCGGCCAGACGGUAGGUAGAAUGAGGUCAGGGCGUCUGAACACGCCCUUCGGGAAGAUGAAUGAUCUCGGCGCAGCGGGGAAUUGAACAAACAUCCUGGACACAGUAAUGAUGACUGUGAACUAUGUGGAAAGCCAGUAUUGGCGGUACCGAUCACUUUGAGCACACCCCACAGGUCGCCUCCACCCCCAAACUACUACUACCUUUACUACUUACUACUUCUUUACUACUACUGCUACUGCUACUGCUACUACUACUACAACUACUACUACUACUACUACUACUACUACUACUACUACUACUACUACUACUACUACUACUACUACUACUACUAUUACAAGUUAACACCCCCUAUGUCACUCCUACAGCCGGAAGACAUCGAUCCAGAUCUUCGUAACUCUCAACUCAACAUAUGA